AUGGGCAAACUGAAAGAGAAAGGAAAAUCUGGUGCAGCCACAAAUUAUAUAACAAGAAAUCAAGCCUUAAAGAAGCUUCAACUUACACUAGCGGAUUUUAGGCAAACCCUCGUUGGAUUUGUGAACUUCAAAUUAUUCACCGACGAAAAUUUGACCUACCCUCCGAAGUUUGAUGCACUGAAAGACGAAGGUUCAGGGGGACUAAAUGCUCUUAUCAUAGAAACCAAGAAUGUCUCUGCAUCCUUAGCAAUGAAUUCUCUUGGAUCCGAGGAUAAAGAGCAAUUGAAUUUGAUGAAUCGCAAUGAAAAGGUCCAAAAAUUGAAAUCAGAAGAACGUUUAAAGACAUUAUCCGAAAAGUUGGACACCAUAAAAGAGAAAGAGGUCGAAGAUCAUGCGGAGGAUUUGGAAGCCGAUGUAAGUGCGGAUUUGAUGGACGAUUUCACCGAGCAAACCUCUACGCAGCACAUGUUCCAGGAUCAAAUGUCUGUUUAUCGAGAUAUUCAGUCGGCUUCGAUCGCCCUUUCUGAAUUUGAGCAACUCUUUUCAAGGUGCAUUAUUUACCUAUCUCGUGAGGUUCCAAGGUAUUCACUGGAGUUUGUCAUUCGUGCGUUCGGCGGUCAGGUCGGUUGGGAUGAUACCGUCGGGGUGGGAUCCCCAUUCAAAGAGAACGAUGAUCGAAUCACUCAUCACAUCACAGAUCGUUCAAUGCCGCGGGAAUUGAUUUUGACUCGUGCUUACGUUCAGCCACAAUGGGUUUACGAUUGUGUCAAUGCUAGAAAAUUACUAAGAACGAAACAAUAUCAACCUGACAAAGUUUUGCCGGCGCAUCUCUCACCAUUCGUCGAAUAUAAGGAUGGCGAUUAUUUACCUGAAGGAAUUGAUGAUGGGUUCGAAGGGACCGAGUCUGAAACUGAUCUCCCCAACAACGACGUUGACGAUGAGUCCGAGACUGAAGAAUUGAUUCACCAGAAGGAGCUUGAAGCAGAAACAAUUGGUAUACCAUUCUCUAAAUAUCAAGAAAAUCGUGAACGAACCGAAAAACAAAAAAAGAAUACCAUCACCAGCGAACGUGAAAUUUCCUCUCACACUCUGGCCGGAAAGAAACGCGGUGCCAAGGAAAUUGAAGAGGAGGAGAACAAAGAAUUGGCAAAGAUAAUGAUGCCAAAGAAGCAGAAAAAACUCUACAAGAAAAUGCAGUAUGGAAAGAAAAGGCAAGAGGAAAAGGUCUUAAAUUUAAAACGGAAGAAAGAGAUCAUAGAACAGAAGAAAAGAAGUGGUGUCAUCAACCCGAAGAAAGGACAAGAGAAAAAGCGAUAG